UUUCCUAGAAAAUCAUCAGGAUGCCUGAACCCGCCAAGUCUGCGCCCAAGAAGGGCUCCAAGAAAGCCGUGACCAAGACGGCCGGCAAAGGAGGCAAGAAGAAGAGAAAGACCAGGAAGGAGAGCUACGCCAUCUACGUGUACAAGGUGCUGAAGCAGGUCCACCCCGACACCGGCAUCUCGUCCAAGGCCAUGAGCAUCAUGAACUCGUUUGUCAACGACAUCUUUGAGCGCAUCGCCUCCGAGGCUUCUCGUCUGGCUCACUACAACAAACGCUCCACCAUCACCUCCAGGGAGAUCCAGACCGCCGUGCGGCUCCUGCUGCCCGGUGAGCUGGCCAAGCACGCCGUGUCUGAGGGCACCAAGGCUGUCACCAAGUACACCAGCUCCAAGUAAACAGUGCUGCUGUUUACCACCAACUCAACAAAGGCCCUUUUAAGGGCCACACAAACACAACUAAGAGGGAGAAACCUGUUUUAUUUACGAUGUUUUUUCUCUUUUUAAAUCUGUUUUAAGCCUUAAAGACUGUUUCAAACCCAGAGGCUCUGUGCCACUUUGGAUCUAUAACACAAAAAAUUGUUUAGUUCUGAAAAUCCUCCCAACAGAUUUUGAGGAUCAAUGUAUACCAGACUGCUGAAACCCAGUCCUUAAGAGCCGCCAUCCUGCAACUUUUGGAUGCAUCCCUGAGUUCAGCUCUGCAGAGGUCUGAUAAUAAGCCAAUAAUUUGAUUCACAUCGAGACUCCAGUUCUUCACACUUAAGCUCUCAAUAGUUAUUGGUUUUAAAACAUUUCAGGUUUUAAUUGUUCUGGCAACUAUGGACCACAACAAGCUGAUAAUUAUGGGUUCUGAUCUGGAGCAAAAAACAAAUAUUCAGGUUGUCCUUUAAUGGAUUCACUGCUGUUAGGAAACUAAAACUUAUUUACUUAAAGGUUAAACAUUUAUCUUCUCACUUAGGGUCAGCACAUUGGACCGGAACUUCACUCUCUUGUAUCGGUCAAACAUCUCAAAACUAUAAGCCAAGUUUAAAAAGUCUUAAUCAACCACAUCAUAAAUAUCUGCAUUAAUAGUGGAUUCAUACAUUCAUAUGAGAUAGAUAAAUCUACCAGCGCUUAGUUUAUAAUUUGACUGGUUUGUGUUUCUUGUAGAUCUAUAUUAGUUUUAUGUUUUUCCCCAUAUUUCCAGACAGAAUUUGAUGUAUGAGGGAUGAGUAUAAAACAAUAAGACUUCCAAUUUUAAAUGUAAAUAAACAUUUUUUUUAGCAAUAUCUUUAUUUUAUUACACAAAAAAGAAAAAGACAAAGAUUUACAAUUAAUAAUGGUUUGGAUUUUCAUCUUUCCCUCCCAUCUGCACAACAUAACAUCUUUUUCGGCAAAAAAGUAAACACGUAAAAUAAAUUAAAAACGAAACAAAAUUUUUUAAAUUGCUUAACAAGAAGGUGCCUUGUAUUACAUACAUAUAUACAGAUAUUUUAUUUGAACCCAUUUUUUUAUAGUGUCUCUACUGCAUUAUUAUUACCCAAUAUUAAAGUAUUUCAUAAAAACCACAAAAGCUUUCCAUAUUCCUUCAUAGACAUCCAUUUCAUUUUUAAAAUAUGUUAUUCUCUCCAUCACCAUACAUUGUUUCAUU